ACCGCGAUCAAACGUGUCUCUUCGUGAACUUCGGUGGUCUCCUCCCGUUUCAGAGGAAUCGCAUACGAUGUACACGCCGCAGGUGAAUCAUAUCAGCCUUCAGGUGCCGUCCGGUCCCCUCCUGGUAAAAGGGAGGGAACGGGACACCAGAAGACGAUUCUGCAAUCUCACUUCGUUGGAAGACGAGGGGAGAGAUUGCACGGUGGAAUUCUGCCACUGCCUCCACGUCCUCUCCGUGCCACAAGGCUCCGUCGUGGACGUGCUCCUCGUUGACGAAGGUGGUCCUUGCAAGGCGAACCAUCCCUUCCAUCUGCACGGGAACCACUUUCGCGUGCUCGGGAUGGGGAAGGUGGGAGGGAACGCGAGCCGAGAGGAAACGGAGAAACUGCUGAGGAGAGGAGAGAUCCGAACGAGACUCGAGGAUGCUCCCUUCAAGGACACCGUCACCGUGCCCAGCGGCGGAUACACCCUCAUCAGAUUCCUCGCCGACAACCCAGGAUAUUGGAUGAUGCACUGUCACCUGGACUAUCACAUGGAGCUGGGGAUGGGACUGGUGUGGGAGGUCGGGGAUCCGGCGUCCUUCCCCCUUCCCCCUCGGGGCUUCCCUGUGUGCGACGACUACAUCCCUUCUGCGGGCACGGAGGCAGGGGCCACCACGACGACCGAGACGGCAACCACCGAGCAGGAAGGGGACGAGGCACUCCUCUUGACCAGCGGGGAAGUCGCUACGACGUUCAGCCUCCUCGCCGUCUUCGCCUCCGUCUUCCUUCUCGCCUCCGAUUUGUACGCGUGA